AUGAACCAGCCAAUUGAUUUAGGGAGUCUUCUCACCUUACCUGGUCGAGGCCGUGGCGCUGCUCGGGGCCAAGGUGGCCAAGGUCGUGGCCGCCGCAUUCAGACUCAGACUGAUGCUCCUCCUGGCUUUUCCCUAGAAGAAAUCGAGGCCAUCCACAGAGAGAAACGUCAACGGGUGGAACAGCCUCAAGAAAGACCCCCACCUUCCUCCUCGUCUCCUGCUCCAAUAUGGGCUCCCUCCUUCUCUCAUGGGAACCGAGCUAUCACUGCUCGGGACACUGUCGAGACCGAAGGGACUGCCCUUGCAUUGUCCCAGGCCUUUUUGUUGCCUGGGGACAUGCAAAAAGAAGUUGCAAUGUCUCCAGACAAUCUUCUCAGUUCCUUCAUGUCCCACAACGCCAAGGUGAUGCAAAAAAUGGUGGCCAUGGCUCAAAAACUUAGCCAAUCAGAGCCCCAACGAGCAAAACUUGUCAGUGAAAACUCCAAGCUCCAACGUACCAUCAUCAGGCUUGAGAGAGAAAGGAACCAGGCCCAGGGGGUUGCAGAUGGACUGAAGGGACAAUUGAAGGGGACUGAGGACAGUCUUGCCCAGACUUUGAAGGAGCUCGAGACGUCCCAGAAUGAAGCCAAGGCUGCCUUUGAAAAGGGAUAUAACGAAGGAAUCAAAGUUGCCACAGAGAGCUACACAAACCAGAUGCCUGGAAUUCAGGAUCAAGUUUGGGUGGCGUCUUGAAGGGCCUGCCUUGAAAAAGCAGAGAUUCCUGAGUCAUCUCCACUUUGGACCAACAUUGAGCUUCCAAGCGCAGCA